UCCCUGUUCUCCUCGACUGUCAGGCGCUGUGGAUUCGCAACUUCACGGGAUGGACCACGGGGGAGGAUUGUGCCACUGCGGAGGGCCUGCAGUGUGACAGUAACGGGAUGAUCGUGAAGAUGUCAAUGGAUAUGUCGUCUCUUGCAGGGGUGCUGCCGUCGUCCAUCGGCAACCUGACUCUGCUGACCCACCUCAACUUCUUUCAGAACAAUCUCGACAGUGACAUCCCCACCACCUUUGGCGCUCUCACCAACCUGCAGCACCUCAAUCUUGGCAUCAACAUGCUCACAGGCCCGCUCCCUCUGUUCCUCGACACGCUCUCACUCCUCACCUUCUUAGACCUGUCCAAGAACAACGUAUCUGUAUCCCUGCGGUCAACUCUGGGAUCACUCGCAUGUUGCAGCAGCUCUUCCACUUCAUUCCCUCACAUCUCCCUCCCUCCUUCACCCCCACCUACCCCAUGUGUCCCCCCUUGUCCAGAGAUCUGUCCAAGAACAACGUAUCUGCAUCCCUGCCAUCAACACUGGGAUCACUCUCAACCCUCACAUGGCUGUACGUUGCUCGCUCUCCCUCACGUCAUCAUCCUAAUCUUCCUCCCCCUCUUUCCCUCGUUUAGUCCCCCCUUCUCUCCUGGUUCCCCCUCACGCCUUUCCGCCCCUGUUGUCCGUCUCACCCCCUCUAAACACCCCACCUCAAACCUCCCCUCGCCCCCGUCCCACACCCUUCAUCAUUUCUCUGUUCUUUCAAACCUCACAGAUCACCCCCAGUUCCACCACCGACCUUAA